AUCGAAAGAACUCAACCGCAAGUAUAGGAUUCAAUGUGAAAGGACAAUGUUCAUUUCCUUCAAUUCAUAAGCCCGAGUAUCACGAUCCCCCGCCCGAAGUGACUGACAAUAUAGUCUAGUUUUUUUUUUCCCUUUUCCAGAGACGAUAAAAGUAGCACCCAUGGACCUAGCUCACAGAAGAAGGGGACUAGUUGCGACAGGAACUACGGGUACAUGGUGUUGUGCUUCUUACCUAUGAUGAUUCCGCAUUUGCCUGGUCAAGCUUAUUACUGGCAGGCGAGACCGAUCGAUUGAAGUUACGGUUAUAAACCCCGAAGCGAAGUCCGCUGGAGCUUCGAGGUCAGCUUCUAGGUCAUAACUUCGAUUCCCUUCUCUUCCGGUUAGCAACUAACUGGCUCUCCUACUCGGUACUCUACCCUCUCCCGCUGACUAACCACCAUACCUAUUCGCCCUACCUCGGGCUAUCUUUCUACCUAUUUGUUUGGUUGGGUAGAAUUCCCAUCAAGUUGGAUCUUACCCUCCUCAAUGAGGAAGCAAAUAAAGUCAGAAGGUGCGGAUUCCACCCCAGGAUUCGUAAAAAGAGAAAGAAGCAGUUAUGCCAUUCGCCACCUUCGCCCUAGUACUGGGAUCAGGAACUCCUCUAUCUAUGCUAAAGGUUCCGUUGUCAUACUAUAUUAUAUUCUACCUUCGAGUCACUCAUUCCCUUUCGAGCUAAUGAGAGCUAACUGGCAAGAAGCAAGAACAUUCUCAGCUAACCGCGAACAGAGUUCCGAGUCGCUUAUUGGAAUCAGAGACUUAGUCAACAAGCAUUCCUACCCGAGAAAUUCUUAUCUUCUACUAAGAACUGUUCCGAACACCUAUCCAAGCCAAGCUCUUUGCCGACUCUAUUCCCUAUCCGUUAAUGCUUUUUUUGUUCUUCAAUCUCUUCCUAUUCUUUCUCCCCCUCGGGUAACUACCGUAAGCCGAAUCGCUUUUUCACUCGUUAGUUCCAAUGUAGGCUCGAUUGCUCAGUUGUAUGCCUUUCCCUGUCUCUGGGCUCUACUCUCUCUGAAUGGAGAGAAUGAGUUCUACUCUUUCACUGGCUGCUAUCUUACUAAAGAGUGGUCCUCUCUUUGCUACCCUCUCGUCACUCGCUUCCUUUCGAGAAGACGAAGGGGAGAGCAAGAGGGGGGGAGUUGGGGUGUAGGAGUGUUCUUCUUUCAAGUGACUCCCUGCUUGCAUCUUUUUAAGCAUGCCACGACUCAAGAUCCCCUUUUUAACUAGAUCCUUAAUGUUCGAAGAUUGAUGGACAGACAGUGGGACUGUAGGCUAGGCUACAAUUUCGGUGGCGAGAGGCCAACAAUUGUGCGGAUUUUAUAGCCAAAAGAAGCUUGAGCUAUCCGACAGGUUUAUUCAUUUUUGAUGAACCCCCUGAAGCUUUGAGGCCAUUGCUAAGUCAUGACAUUAAUUAUAGGGGCCCCAGAUAUGUAUGUGCUUUUAAUUCUUGGCUUCAGCCCUUCCACUGAACCAAAAAUGAACUGGCCGCUUAUCUCGCCAUGUGGCUAUCCAAGUUCAUUCUUCCAGGGGUGAACUUUGAGUGCAUUUACGAAGAUCCUUUUUUAGCGAAACUGGAAAAGGGACGAUGCAUUGCGCUUGGUCUCUGGAUGUAGAUUUAGCUGUUCCCUACCAAUGUGUAGUCCUGGUAAGAGGAGCAUACACAUCUUUUUCCUUUCGCGCGAGAAAGAGAAAGAAGGACUAAUUUGGGAUCGCUUGGAUGUCCAACGGAACUGUCCGUCUUUGAUGCAAUGAUUCGAUAGCAAAUACCGCGACAGCCGUUCCCACUUUUGGUCUACUGCCGGAUGGGUUUACUCCGCUAAGGAAUCAGUCAAAGAGAGACUCUUCCUGUCACCAGAUCACUUUGACAUCGGCAAGUCACACAUAAACGGGAGCAACUUCAAUCACUGAAAGAACGAAAACAAAGAACUAAACAAAAGCAUCCCUUCGCUUGAUAAGACUUCCAACGAUAGAACGAAUUGAAAGCUAGGACAGAUUGGACUACUGGAAAACUUAGACUGCUAAUGGAAAACGUACGGUAGGAAUAGACCGCUAGACUAGUA